AAGGAGUUCUGGAAAGGCUACAAAAACGAACUUCAGGGAGAAAGUAACACAGGACAUACCUGGUAUUCAUUUUACCUUGCAUUUCCAUUAAUCAUUGGCCUUUUCAUUAUCCUCAUUGUCAUUUUUGUCAUAUGGAGGUGCCUGUUUAAAAAGAAAAUGCGUAGACAGUCGGUGUACAUGCCUAGGGGAGCCCACGAAGCAAUGGGUGAUGGUGCUGUGGCUGAUGGCAGAGGUCCUCUUCCGCCGCCUCUCAGCAUUGUUCAUUCCCCGCAGGAGGAAAUGUAUGAAGUCAGUGGGCUCUCUCCAGGAGAUCUGAGCUAUACGGAUGGAUGUUCAGACUCAAUAUCCACAAGGCUCUCAAACUGUGAUCCUCCUCCUUCAUAUGAGGAAGCCACUGGUGAAAUCACUAUGAGAAGAAGUGAAACUGAACAACAUAUAGCCCCCCCAAAUUAUGAAGACAUUGUGAAUUGUAAUUCAGCCGGUGCAAUUGCACUAUCUCCUAUUGUCACCAGUACUAAGUAAAGCAAGAAGAACGCUACGGACUUUUUAAAAAUUACUAAUCAUUUUUUAGCACUUUAUCUUGGCUUAUUAUGUGUUUCUGUAAUUUAAUGGUCAUGUAUGAUGAACUUCACUUUGUGUUUAGGUCCACUUUUCUUUGGGUUUGGGAUUUUUUUCCCUUUUGGCGGGUCUUAAAAAUUAAGGACUCUGUAUUGAGCGUGUAGUGCAGAUACAAAUGUGGUGCUCUGUCAUAUUUCUCAAAAGCAGCUCUGAUGAGGAUGGCACUUACUUUAGUCCACAUUCCCCACAAGAUUUAUGGAAUCUCCCUUUCCUUUCUUACUGCAGGAUGUCAGAAUUGCGUGA